AUGAGGGCCCUGAGCGAAGCAAAGCACGAGGCGGAGGAGGAAGGACCCCACGUAGGGUCAGGGAGAGGCGAAGGACACGGGGCCAGAGAAACAGAGAGGACAAAGGGACCUACAGAGGUGCGGGCAGAGGCUUGGAUGUCACUGGUCAAUGGAACCCUGAGCUGGUACAGCGAGCAGGGCUUAGCAGGCGUCGUCCUGUCCCCCGACCUGAGUUACGAUGAGCGCAGUCACGAGCUGGUGGUGGCGGAGGCCGGAGUGUACUUCGUGUUCUUGCGGAUGCAGCUGUGGCAGGUGAUGAGGGCUGGCCCACCGUCGCAGGGCGAGGUGUCUCUGACUCUUCAGCUGCAGCCACCGUCCACUGAGGCCACAGACCUGGCCCUCACGGUCACCGUGCCUCGGAUUUGCUCCUCCAAAGAUUUGGGUUCGAAACCGGCCGGAGGGUUCUGGGGUCACCUGGUGGACCUCCAGGGUGGCCAGCGCCUCAGUGUCCGCCUGAGCGCCCUCCUGCAGGGAGGGGCCGAGGCGCACCGCGCAUGGCAGCUGGCCCCCCACGCUGUCUUCGGCCUCUUCCGGGUGACUGGAGAUGUCCCAGGGGAGCUCUUCGUGUGA